CUUAUCAUGUGAUAAGGAGCUCACAAAAUAUGCAGUGAGGAUUUCAUCAGUAAAGAAGCUGUUUUUUGAAUUGAUCACUAGAUAUAUACGAUCACCUUCUACUAACCAAGAUGCUGUGUGGAGCUCACCACCAGAUACUCUACUACCUUCUCAUAUUCACACUUGUGUCUGUGGCCCUCUACUACAAUCUCACUGGACUAGGCAGCAGAAUCGACUUUGGGGAGUUCCUAGGAGGUACCUCGCCUUACCUGUGGUCUGGCCUGGGAGCGGGACUAGCUGUAUCACUGUCUAUAGUGGGAGCAGCAUGGGGCAUAUUUCUGACUGGAUCUAGUAUUUUGGGUGCUGGAGUCAAGGCUCCAAGAAUCAAGACUCGUAAUCUCAUAUCAAUCAUAUUCUGUGAAGCUGUGGCCAUCUAUGGUAUUAUUAUAGCCAUUAUUAUGGUGCAAAAGAUCUCUCAAGUAUCGGAUGAGAAGCUGUAUGAUGGAAACGGUAGCUACUCUAGUUCUGCUGUGUUCUCUGGGUUCAGUCUGUUCGGAGCAGGUCUCACUGUAGGCCUCACUAACAUCGCAUGUGGUCUGUCUGUUGGGCUGGUGGGUAGUGGUGCUGCUCUGGCUGAUGCUCAAGAUGGUGCUCUCUUUGUCAAGAUUCUUAUUAUUGAGAUCUUUGCAAGUGCCAUUGGAUUGUUUGGAGUCAUUAUUGGAAUUAUUCAAGCCACUAAAGCGUCAUUUGACCAGUGAUAUAUAAUUAAUUAUGUGUGUAACUAUGUGAACAGUCGUUUGUGUACUAGGUCUUAUUGUAUGUUGUUCUUAAGUGGCUCUCAUUGUUUAUCACCUUUGUCUGUGUGAUAGAAAUAUGUGCUGUGAAUGGUCUUUGCCAUUAUGACACCUUAAAAUGAA